AUGGCAAUAAUGCCCUUGGGUACCGGCAACGAUUUGGCAAGAUGUAUGGGUUGGGGAGGAGCGACUUCAGAUGAACCAAUGAGUCAACUCUUGCAGGCUAUCCUUCGCGAGACAGUUAUCACACACCUUGAUCGGUGGCGAAUUGAUGUGGAACCUAACGAGGCAUCUCCGUUGGAUUAUGCGGAUGAAUUAAGUGAUGCAGUACAAUCUUCACUUCCGCUGACUGUCAUGAACAACUACUUCUCGAUAGGCGCUGAUGCGCACGUAGCGCUGCAGUUUCAUCAUAGUCGAAGUGCCAAUCCUCAAAUGCUAAAUAGCCGUUUGAAAAACCGCAUCGCUUACGGAGGUCUAGGAACCAUCGAUCUUUUUAAGAGAAGUUGGAAGGAUUUGUCAGAAUUUGUCUACCUAGAG